UAUGCAAUAAUUUCUCGUAGUUUUAUUUGUGAAUUAUAUCUUUAGAGGUUAAUCAAUAAUUCAUAAAGGAGAAUAUAGCCAUGGGAAUAAGAUUGGAUUAUGGGAAGAAAUAAGAUUAUGCUGCGAUAAAAGAAGAUUGAAAAUGUAAAAGAUAAAUAUUUAUAUUAAGAGGCGAAAAAAUUUACGAUUGA